AUGGACACAUCCGACAUGAACUCGUUCCUGGAGUACUCUUACCACUCAGAGGCGGGCUUCCCUCUGGCCCCGGGGCCCUUCCACUCGGGCUCCUGCUCCUCGGGCUCAUCGGGGUCCUCGGGUUCCGGGGACAGCGGAUACACCGCGGACACGCGCCUGUACCACGAGCCCCCGCAUCAGCAGCACGAGCCUCACGGAUAUGCUCACGCGCACCCUCAGCACAGUGCACAGAGCGGGCUCCUGUACGGGGCCCCUGGGGGCCACUACAGCGCGGACUAUAACCCGCAGUACUUCGUGGAGGAGCCCGUGGGGCCCCCGUACUAUCAGCAGCCCUUCCCCUGCUCUGGGCCCAACACCGGCCCCAGCUACGGGGCCCUGGCGGGAGCCUACGCCCCCCCGACAGGACAGUACCCACAGCAGGAGCCUGUGCCCGGGUACCUCCUGCAGCCCGCCGGGUACGGAGAGGGAUCCGUGAGUCAGAGAGAGAGGCCCGAGGAGCCAGAGGCCCCGGGGCCCACCUUCGACUGGAUGAAAGUGAAGAGGAACCCGCCGAAGACAGUGAAAGCGGACUACGGGCUCCCGGGGCCUCAGACCGUGAUCCGGACUAACUUCAGCACGCGGCAGCUCACGGAGCUGGAGAAGGAGUUCCACUUCAGUAAAUACUUGACGCGCGCGCGCCGCGUGGAGAUCGCGGCGACGCUGGAGCUGAACGAGACGCAGGUGAAGAUCUGGUUCCAGAACCGCCGAAUGAAGCAGAAGAAGCGGGAGCGGGAGGCCCCCAGCCGGUCCCCCUCCUCCGGCCCCGGGAAAGAGGCCGAGGACUCGAACUCAGACCAGUCCUCCACGUGCACGUCCCCAGGCGCGUCCCCGACGUCGGACACAUAA